AUGUCUUCUUAUCUCAUCACCGGAGCCUCUAAGGGCAUCGGCUUCGAGUUUGUACGCCAACUCGCCACCGAUACGACCAACACGGUCCUGGCGGUUGUGCGAAGCCUCGAUUCACCCAACAUAUCCAAGUUCGCCUCCAGUCACUCUAAUGUGCACCUUAUCAAAGGCGAUGUGAUGGACCCAAAGUCCCUUCUCGAGGCCGCCUCAGCCGCUGCCGCCAUCACAGGCGGAAAACUUGAUGUGCUUAUCCACAACUCUAACGCAGUCGAUAUGGCCACUAUGUCCUACACCCCGAGUCAGAUUCCCUUUGAUAUUCAAGCUACUCGGGAUAUGUUUGAACCUUCCCUUAAUACUGCGAUUUAUGGUGGUCUCUGGACGACAAAUGCCUUCCUGCCCUUGAUUGAAAAGGGCGUGCAGAAGAAGAUCGUGCAUAUAUCUAGCGGCAUGGCAGAUUUGGAUCUCAUCAAAAAAAGUGGCCUUAGCUAUGCUGUCGCAUACUCUGUCUCAAAGGCCGGAAUGAACGUCCAAGUUGCCAAAUAUGCAACAGAACUUGCACCCAAAAACAUCAAGGUGUUGGCCUUAAGCCCUGGAUGGGUUGAUACGUGGGAGGGAGAGAUGCCUGCAGAGGUAGCACAGGCAAACCAGUUUAUGCUGGAGCAGUUCCGGGCUGUAGAUCCUUCAAUCCAGGGCCAGAUUCGGCCUGAGGAAAGUGUUAGAAAGAGCCUCAAGGUUAUUGAAGAUCUGGAUUCUGAGAGAAGUGGUUCUUUUAUGAGCCAUAAUGGAAAUACCGUGAACUGGUUUUAA